AUGGAACAGACGCAAGAGGAUGCGGGCGAUGGCCUGUACUGUAUUUGCCGCACGUCGUAUGAUCCCAGCCGAUUCAUGAUUGCGUGCGACGGCUGCGACGGUUGGUUCCAUGGGGAUUGUGUGGGCGUGGCGGAAAAGGACAGCGACAUGGUCGACAAAUACUACUGCAAGCGAUGUGAAGGUUUGUAA